GGGCCUGAGCGCGCCUGCGCAGUGCGCUCUACUCAGGGAGGCGGCGGCGACGCGCAGGAGGAAACAUGGAAGACUACCAGGCUGCUGAGGAGACUGCUUUUGUUGUUGAUGAAGUGAGCAACAUUGUAAAAGAGGCCAUCGAGAGUGCAAUCGGUGGCAACGCCUAUCAGCACAGCAAGGUGAACCAGUGGACCACAAACGUGGUCGAACAGACUUUAAGCCAACUCACCAAGCUGGGAAAACCGUUUAAAUACAUCGUGACCUGUGUAAUUAUGCAGAAGAAUGGAGCGGGGUUGCACACAGCAAGUUCUUGCUUCUGGGACAGCUCUACUGACGGCAGCUGCACCGUGCGAUGGGAGAACAAGACCAUGUACUGCAUCGUCAGCACCUUCGGGCUCUCUAUCUGACCACCGCAUCCAGUGUGAUCUCACUCCUUUUGUCUCUGCUUCUCUCUUCCAUCUUCUGACCACUGGCCAUGAAUUCAGUGAACACCUUUCUCCUUCUCUUUAAGUGUGUUUCUUGUGGCAUCUCAAAAUGUAGAGAAAAACCCAGUGACUGCACUGUUCUGUGAACUGCACACCCUGACUCAGAGGACUCGUCACCACAGGCAGGCAGAGCCUGCACGCCGCUUGUCUUAACUCUGAAUCUUUCUUUCCAAAGGUGCUCCACACUGAAAUCUGUUGGUGUGAAACUUUCUCUACUCUCUGAAAUGAUUCAAAUACACUAAUUUUCCAUACUUUGUACUUUUGUUAGAAUAAUAAAUUAUUCCAAUUUAAA